AUGGCAUAUAAUAACUAUUAUGAUCCAGAAUACUUGUGGAAGAGCUCCUCCUUCACAAUAAACCAAGACUUAAGCCCUCCUCCUUCACCUCCCAUACAUGAACAUGACCCUUUCUCCUUCUUCCAACUCUCUCCUCCAUUCUUGGACCAUGACCCUUUCCAAGACCUCUCCACCCUUCUCCUCUCCCCUCACCACCAUCAUCACUCUCCACCAGUACUACUCCCCCAACAUCAAACCAAACCACCCACAAUCAAACCAUCAAAAUCAAGAACCAUGAGAAAAGACCAUCAUGGCAAAAUAAGAACCAUGCAUGGACUUAGAGAUAGAAGAAUGAGACUCUCUUUAGAAGUUGCUCACAAAUUCUUCAGUCUUCAAGACAUGCUUGGCUUUGACAAGGCUAGCAAGACCCUUGAUUGGCUUCUCACUAAGUCUCACUCCGCCAUUAAAGACCUCAUAGAAUCGUCAUCUUCAUUAUCUUCAUCGUCUUCAUCAUCAAAGUGCAACAAUGAUAGCACGGAUGUUAUUACUAAAGGAGAUCAUGGUAAGAGUAAGAGAGCUAAAGUUUCAUCUUUAAAUCCUCCUCCAAAGCGUGCUACACUGAGAUCGGUUCGCACGAAAGAAUCACGAGCGAGAGCUAGAGCUCGGGCCAAGGAGAGAAUAAAAGAAAAGAAGAAAUCAUCAAGCAUGCAAUGUUGUGGAAAUGAUCAAGAUGGUGAGAUGAUGAAACUCUCUGAAGAAAUGCAAUCAGCUUUAGAUAAUGGAGAAAGGUCAAUCCUUUUUAAUGGAGCAAUGCUUGAGUGCUUUCCUUUUAAUGAUCUAUUUGAAGAGCACGUGAACUUGAAACAGAUACUUUUUAGCGCCCUGUCAUCCGAAAUCUUUAAGCUUGCAUCGCCGCUCGAGGGAUUCGGAAACUCCUUCGUCACCGCCUCCUGCCGCCGCCCAGCUCCGGCGAUCAUGGACCUUCUCCUCCUCCGCUCUCCGCCGCUUCCUCUCUGCUUUCCUUCCGACCUCCUUCUUGCCGCCCCAAUGUCUUCCCUCACCUUCAGGAACCCUCGUCGAUGUCCCAUUCCCUUCCCAAGAUUCGCCAUCCAUGCUCGCUCCCCAGUGUCCAUCCGGUUCUCGGGCUCUUAUUCUACGAUGACGACGGAGGUGGCUCAGGACCCUUCUUGCAUGAAGUGGAUGGUGGUGAUGGAGAAGCCCCCGAAUGUGGGGUUGUCCAAGCGGGAGGUCGUUGAUCACUAUGUUCAAACCCUAGCUAAGGUUCUUGGAAGCGAGAGAGAAGCUCAGAUGUGCAUGUAUGAUGUUUCUUGGCAGACUUGUUAUGGAUUCUGUUGUGACAUUGAUGAGGAGUCUUCUCGCAAGCUUGCAGAUAUGCCAGGAGUUUUAUCUGUUACGCCUGAUAAGGAUCCAGACUCCAACAAGAAGGAUUAUACAUAUUCAAAACUUUUGUUAGCUCACCUAUCAAAACCUGAUGCAAGUGCUUCUAGAUUUACUCCUUCGCAGGGGAAUGAAUAUUGGCUUGUCUGUAUGAAGAAGCCUGGGUUUGAAGUUAUCACAAAGGCACAGAUGGUGGACUAUUAUACUCAGAUCCUCACUAAAGUAUUGGGGAAUGAGAAAGAUGCUCAAGCGUGUAUAUAUCAUAUUUCAUGGGAGAGGGACUAUGGAUUUUGUUGCCAUAUUGAUGAGGAAUGUGCACAGGAAUUAGCUGAUGUGCCUGGGGUGUUAUCCGUCUGUCCUGAUACAAAUUUUGAAGCUGCCAGUAAGGAUUACAGAGGUGAUGGAAAAGUACUGGAGUCUGAAGAAAAUCAGACACCAGAUGUAAAAACUAAAAGGCUUUUUGUCACUGGACUGUCAUUCUAUACUUCUGAGAAGACUUUGCGAGCAGCAUUUGAAGGCUAUGGUGAGCUUGUAGAAGUGAAAAUCAUAAUGGAUAAGAUAUCGAAAAGAUCAAAGGGAUAUGCCUUCAUAGAGUACACAACAGAAGAAGCAGCAGCUGCUGCACUGAAAGAAAUGAAUGGAAAGAUCAUCAAUGGCUGGAUGAUCGUAGUUGAUGUUGCUAGGACAAAUCGAGCAAGGCAAGGUAGCCCUCGCGCAAGGCAAUCAAGUUCUUCAAGUUCAAGCUAAACAAUAGAAUUUUGUUUUAUUUUUACAGCAGUAAAUUAAAGCCUGAUGAGGUAUGGAAGAAUGUAAAAUUGCCUGGUCCGAAUGUGUAUUCUGUGAUCAUGGAGGGUUUUUAUGGUCCUCUCUUGAAUGUGAAUAGAUCUAAUAUGUUUGAUAAUAUCCUUUUGUUGUUUAUACAUUCAUUUUGUACCUCAUUCUGAGCUUGUAUUCUUUUGAUUUACAUAGUCUCUAGUUUGGACACCAGAUCAGCAGACUGUAACUCUUUGUUCUAUUAUGAAAUAUCAAAACUGUUUUUUUAUUUUU